UAACAUAAUAUUUUCUGACCGUACAACGAUUCAGCGGCCGCUUUUAUUUCAUUAUCAAUUUAUAGUGCAAAUAUUGUAAUAAACGAAUUGCAUUUGCACCAACUUGUAUCUCGCGCCCUCGCGCGUUUUUCAUGUUAUACACGAUGCUACCUUUCCACCGUCUGUGGGGCAAAAAGGCAGAUUCACUACGCCGGGAAACGCCGGUGGGCAUGUGAAACUUUUGACACGAAACGAGAUAUGAAGUUGUCAAGAUGACUAUGUGGAACGUAGCAAAUUGACGUACCGACCUUUGAGCAGUAAAUGCGACAGUGCACUGUGUGUUUUGUAGCUGUAUCAUUUAUUACAGUUAAUUCCCUAAUUUGUCUAACUUAUUUGGUCAUCUUACUGUAAAGUAGGCAUAAUUUUGUCCUUGCUUUCAUUGUGAGGCAGUGAGGUUAAGGCACAGUGAUUAGACAACUAUAGGUGUGAGUUUCAUACAUCGCAUUGAACUCAUCGCAUCAGCGCAAAAGAGACAUUGAAGCGAAAGAUAAAUAAUUGUUGCAGAGGCCUGAAACAUGUUAGUUGGUGGACAUGGGGAGUCCAACCCCAAUACAACUUGGCUGCAAAGUCGGGGACUGUGGAUAAGUUAUGCCGUCGGCAUGCUCACCCUUCACUUGAUUCUUUUAAGUAUUCCAUUGUUAAGUGUGGCGGUGGCAUGGACAUUAACAAAUAUAAUUCACAAUACG